AAAUCUGAGUGCUUGUGGAGGAUUUGAAGUCUGUGAUGACAUGGUGACAAAAGACAUCAUGACACCCCUUGUUGCGCUUCUGAAAGAGUGUAGCACUGGACUAGAUCCUACCCAGCUCUCUCCAAAAAAAUGCAGAGAGAUGAACAAAAAUUAUAUUGAAGACAUAGCCAAUGAGGCUGUUAAUUUGCUGUGGAAUGUAUGUGAAUGCAACAAUACUGCAGUAUACAUAUUUAAUAAAGAAGGCUGUCUGGAGGCUUUGUUAGAUUGCAUGAAGAAAUUUUCUACAAAUGUGGAUCUGGCUAUUUCAGUAGCAAACUGCUUGCAGGCGGUGACAGAAGAUAAUCCAGAUCUUCUUUCUUCAUUCAGUGCUUCUGCACAACAGGUAUUGGAAACCGUGAUGUUGUGUCCAGAGAGCACGAUGAAGCAUAUCCUCCUGAGAACAGUGAUAGCAGGCACUAUCUGGAAUAUCAAGGAAGCCAUUCCACCAGGCAGCCUGGGGAGCAUGGUUAAUGCAAUCCUGAAGAUUUUUUCAGAAUCGUUAGCAAUAGAUGCUGGUGAAACAAUUAUUCGUAUGAAUGAAGCUGAAAAAAACAGAUUAAAACUUGCUUCGGAGGCAGAAACAGAGGAAACCAUGAGUGAUGUUAUAGACGACUGUGUUUUGAGUGAAGAUGAUGACAUGGAAGAAAUACCAAAAGGAAAAGUUAGGAGAGAAAACGACAUUUCAGAUCUACUUCCAUCUGAUAAGUGGGAACUGAAAGAAGUGACAGCUUUACUGACAGCUCAGCAGACUGCUCUGGAAAUCAUUGUUAAUAUGUGCUGCAGUGAAGAUCCCUCUGAUGAUGAAUGGGAAGAACUCUCCAGCAGUGAUGAAAGCGACUUGUUUAUGGAAAACUCAUACAAUGAGGGGAGUGGGCUGCUGCUGUCACCCCUGUGCCUCUCUGAUGAGGUUAACUCAGCAUUUCUGAACAACCUCAUUCCAAAAAAGAUUCUUGAAAAAACUGCUUUUCCGAACAGUGUUGCUCUAGACAUCUGUAUGCACAAUCCGUCUUGGAAACCAUUAAUUAAAAAACUGAAUAUGGUGCAGUGUCGAGCUUUAACGUGUCUUCACAGCAUUUUGUUAGUGUCAGACGUGGAUUGCCUUGGAGGAACCUCAGCCCUUCAGUCCCUUGCACAGCAUCUCUCACAGCUCAUCUUUUCUAAAAUGGAACUCCCUACAGACACAGAAUUCCUGGAAGCCAUAACCAGUGCUUUGAGGGCUCUCCUACAAACAAUGGCAUCAAAGAACAUCUCCCAGUGUAUGACACCUGAGCAGCUAUUGCAUUUAUGUGAAGCUGGUAUUCACAGCAGCAAUGCCAGCGUUAGAGUGAAUGUAGUGAGCAUCCUUGGAAUUUCUGGCAGUGUCCUGGCGAAAGGACAAGAUACAGCUGAGACACUAAAGAUGAUUGGAAAAUUUCUUCUUGAGGUUGCCAUGAAAGAAUCUUCUCUUGUGGUAGCAGGGGAAGCCUUGGAUGCAAUUUUUGAUGUGUUUGCAGAUGGUAAAGAGGCAGAAAAGGCGGCAGUGCAGAUCAAGUUGCUUCCGGCACUGAAAGAAUUUCAGCCAGUGUUCAAAAUGAGGAUGCGAAAAGAAGGCAAAGGACAAUAUAGUGCAGAUCAACUGUGUGUUCUUGACAAUGUGAAGAUGAAUUUGAGAAGAUUCAUUGCAUAUCAGGAGACACUAGGGAAAAACCCAACUUGAGACAUCGAGGAACUUUUAAGGUUUCCCUUACUAAAUAAUGUUUUCCAAAAAAAUAACUGUUUUGAACUUCUAAAAUAUAUUGAGCAGAGCAGUUUUGUUACCAUGUCAGUACUGCAGUUUUUUACAUUCAGUAUUUUUAUACUUCUGGGUUGAUGCAAUGUGAAAGUUAUAUCAGUGUAAAAAAACCAUAGCAUACGUGGCGAUUAAGUGCUGGUGGUGGUAAGAAUGUGCUCUUGCAGUCCUGACAUCUGUGCAUA